AUGAGUUUCAUGUGUUCAGGUUUGAAGCUGGACCUAAAGGACCAUGUGGAUGUCUCAGUGACGGUUGGAGGCGUGGCUCACCUGCGCUGCCCUCUCACUCCCUCCUCAGACGUCCUGCAGAUCAUGUGGCGGAAGCUGGAGCCUGAAGAGCCUGUCACUGUGGCCACGUGUCUUCCGACCAAGCACAAACUCCACUCAAAAUUCUCUGAUAUCUUUCGACUCAGCGGAGCAGGACUGGAGGACUGUGUUCUGGAAAUCCACGGUGUGAAGGAGAAAAUCCAGGGCUGUUACCAGUGUCUGCUCAUCACCCCCUCUGAUGUGGUCCACGCUGCAAAGAUCUGUCUCCGGAUUCAAGAGCGACAUGGACUUGACCCAACUCAGUCCAGUCCAGAGGAGGUGGCCCCAUCAUCAUCAUCAUCAGAGGAGGAGGAGGCAGGAUCUAUGAAGCAGGUCUCUGGAGCUGAUGGCUCUGUGCUCUGGGCUGUACCCUGCAGUGUGGGGGGGGUGGUGUUAUUGGCAGGGGCUGUGUGUUUGCUCCUCUUCUUCUUCAGGAAACGCAGAGCCACAAGAGACAAGAAGAAUGUGGAAACAGUAGAGAAUGCAAUCAAAACACCAAUAAAGAGCCCCAUGAAGGUGGACUGUGGGAGCACACGUGAGCGGAGGACGCCACAGACUCCGAGGACAGAAAGUCAUCCUCACUCGCCCUUAUUGCCUAAAACACUUUUUUAA